AACGCGAAGCAGGCGCUGAAUUUUGGCCCCACUGCGCAAGGCCGGCGGCACCCGGCCUGCCUCCCUCCGAGCGGCGCCGAGCCCUGCCUGGUGCCCGCGGGAGGCCGGGGAUGCUGGGCGUGCCGUAGCCAGCCGGAGAUGGAUGGAGUCGGCAGCAGCAGGACCAUGUCUUACAGCAGGUGGAGUUACAACAGUGUUCUGGAUGAUGAGGGGAGCAACCUGCGUCAGCAGAAGCUUGACAGACAGCGAGCAUUGCUAGAACAGAAGCAGAAAAAAAAGCGCCAGGAGCCAUUAAUGGUUCAGUCCAAUGUGGACAGUCGCACAAGAGCGCGUAGAACGAAACAUUCGGAAGAACAAGCGCCGUUGGUUGAAUCAUAUCUUAACAGCAACAGCAGCACCAUAUACCACGUACAGGAGGCCGAACAGGAAGAUGUAAAGGUGGUAGUGGAUGCCCAAGCUCCGAAAUCAACUAAAAAAGCCAAGGCAGCAUCUGCGAGCUGUCAGACUGGCAGUGCCAGAAAGGAGAAAAAAGGGAAACACAAAGGAAUUGAUGGCCCAGCUGCUUUUCAAGAUGAUGUUCAGAAAGCAGGAAGUCAAGUGCAGAUUCUCACUGUUGGGCAGUCUAGCCAUGAUGAAGAUGAUGGAGAGAAAAUGGCUAGUGGCCAACAACAGCAAAGCAAACAGGAUCUUAAAACAGCAAUGCAGAAAAAGGAUCCCCAUGCAAAUACAUCCUGGUCCUCUUCCACCUCCCAGUCCAGUCUUGUUGCCCUGGAUCAUGUUCCUGGCAUUUCAAGCAGCAUGAAUUUUGAUGAGGAAGAGGAUGAGGAAGAUGCAGACAGCUCUAGCUCUUCCCAGCUAAACAGUAAUACCCGGCCUGGUUCUGCCACAAGCAAGAAAUCCAGUAAGGAAGUGGCCUCAGCCCCCAGUCCUUCCACAAAUGAGCCUCUCAUAGACGUUGAUGACUUGGAAGAAUUUGCUGUAAGACCUGCUCCACAGGGUGCCACCGUCAAGUGCAGAAUCACAAGAGACAAGAAGGGAAUGGAUCGAGGGAUGUACCCUACCUAUUACCUCCACUUGGAAAGGGAGCAUGGUAAAAAGGUGUUUCUGUUAGCUGGAAGGAAACGAAAGAAGAGUAAAACCUCUAAUUACCUCAUCUCCAUAGACCCAACUGACCUGUCUCGAGGUGGAGAGAGUUUUAUUGGAAAACUGAGAUCAAAUCUUAUGGGAACUAAGUUUACAGUUUAUGACAAUGGAGUAAAUCCAAUGAAAACAACAUCAAGCCUGGAGGCGAGUGUCCUGCGUCAGGAGCUAGCUGCUAUUUGUUAUGAAACAAAUGUCCUGGGCUUUAAAGGACCUCGUAAGAUGAGUGUGAUCAUACCAGGAAUGAAUAUGGACCAUGAAAGAGUUUCCAUCAGACCAAGAAAUGAGCAUGAGACUCUGCUUGCAAGAUGGCAGAACAAAAACACAGAGAGUGUCAUUGAGCUGCAUAACAAAACUCCCGUCUGGAACGAUGACACCCAGUCCUAUGUUUUAAAUUUCCAUGGUCGAGUCACACAGGCCUCGGUGAAAAACUUCCAAAUUAUUCAUGAUAAUGAUCCUGACUAUAUAGUGAUGCAGUUUGGCCGCGUGGCUGAGGACGUGUUCACCAUGGACUACAACUACCCAAUGUGCGCUCUACAAGCCUUUGCUAUUGCCCUCUCAAGUUUUGACAGCAAGCUGGCUUAUCUCUUUGCAGGAAGCUUUUCCACGCAGUGGUAUGAAGUGGAAAGGCACCUUUUGUUUGAGAGAAAAGAGCAGUCCGUUCCCUCAAAGAACGAUCAAAAUGAUGAGUCAUGAGCUGAUGUCUGAUAGUGAGCACUCCGGACAUGGAUGCUUUCUUUGCCUGUAUAUUCUGUGGUUUCCCACUGCCUCACAUCCUCAUCCAUGGUCUCAGUUUGGCUUUUAAUGGAGAAGGCCCUUAUGCCUUUGGUUCCAUACCUUCCACCAGUCUUCAAAUUGAACUCCAGUGAUAAGCAGAAUUUUUGUUUGAACUACUGCAAAAAGAGACAGAUAGGAAUUCCCGGCGCUGGUAUGUAGGCCUGAUCUGGAUUUCAAGAACUCUGCAGCAUGUGAGUGGUUGAACGUGUGGCUUUAAUUCUGUGGAUCAGUCCUGUGUUGCCUUUAUAGCCUGGGAAAGUGACACCUGACAUAGUUUUCUGCCACUCUCUGUGCACAAAACUCUGUUAAAGUAACUGAGUGUCUUGUGGUGCAAAUACACAACGCGUUGGCUUUGACAGCAGAGUUGGUUAAGGGGAGGUUAUUUUUAACCCACAUCUUAACAGUGGUCUCACUUGCACCCUGGCCCACAGGGAGCUGGCAAGGAAGCUUUUGCACAAGGGUGAGAAUGAGGGGCUGGGGAAGGGCGGAGUUCAGCAUCUUGGGAUAGCAUUGCUGCCAGCACAUUGUGUAACCUCACUGUCACCACGUGUUCUUUGCAGGCCAGGAAUUUUUUUAACCCGUAAGCAUGCCAGGAGGAAGGUGGUGAUUCAAACUCCCAUCAUCGUACCAGAACCAGUCAUAAAGGGACGUCAGCCAACAUGCUGAUGAGAAAAAAGUGCCACACGGUAAAUUAAGGUCACUAGAGGGGGGGUGUUAACCUGGGACUAACAGCAGUGAGGAGCUCUCAUUAAAUCUGGGUCAGCUACAGCAAGAUUUGUGCUGAGUGGCCUUUGCCAAAGCCCUGACUCCUCGUGGUUGUUGAGUAAGGUGCAGUGCUCCUUUCCUUCACUUGACCGUUGCCCUCUGCUCCAGAAGGAGUUGCUCAUGAUUUAGACUAGCACCCAUGUCAUUUCUGGUGGGCACUUUCUGAUGAAGGGCCCUGCUGCUUAGCAAUGCCAGCUGAUGAUACAAGUUUUCCAGCACAUCUGCAGAUUGUGUUUUGCUAACUUAGUAAAGUUGCAGCAGGUUCUGUCUGAGUCAUGCCUGAGACUGCACGGUCCCCAUAGUUAGACUGUCCUCCCAAGCAGCAGUAAAUCCUGGAAUCAGUAUGUAUUUUCAGACAUAUGUGCAUCUGAAAGUAACACAGGAGUGUUUAGUGGCAUACUUAGAUUGGCUGUAGCUUCUGGAGGGGCUGCACAUUAAUGUGCAACAGGACAUAAUCUUGUUUACUCGGUGUGACAAAGAAUAGAACGGUACCGAGCUGUGUAUUUCCUUCACACAGUCCUAGUGAGUGUUUGGAUACAGUAAAUUUAAUAUUAUUUAAACUCUUGCUAUUGAUAUUUUUUGCAUCUGCUGUUGAUUUUGGCAGAGAGUUGUAAACAAAUUCCUUGCCUGAAUUGCUUUUAGGCAAAUACUGCACGCUUUAAUGAAGUUCUUAAUCUAACUUGUCACUCUGUGUACAUCAAACAGUUUCUUCCCGGCCCUUUAUCUAAUUUUCUUCAUCUCUGAUGUUCUGUUCCUUCUCAUUCUGUUCACAAUCCCUUUAUCUUUUCUUCAGGGACGUGCAGCUCAAAAGUGUUUAUUUUGACAAUAUUCCUCAGUGAUCUCUCCACAGAUGAAUAAUGCCUUUGGUGCACAUCCAGUGAUGCUCCUACAAUAGAAGCCUUAUCACAGGGGGGGAUUUGGCCCUUUGGCUUUUCAGUGGAGUAAAUUAACACAUUAAAAAGGAGCAGAUAGAAAAGCUUGCCUAAAAUGUAAUCGCAAUUUCUCUCAGUAAACAUUGGGUAACCAGAGUUUCCAAAUCAUCGGUUGCAAAUCAAUGAGCAGAGCUGUCUGCAAGCCUGGAGGCAGACUGUUAUACAAAUUCCCUUUGUAGUGCUGCCUUAUUUUUCUUUUCAAAAGGCUUAAAGCGAUCCUGUGAACUGAAAUAUGGUGGUGCCCUAAAACAGAGUUUGUUUUCUAGGAGCUAAACAUCACUCUGUUCCUUUUGUAGGACAAUAUGUGGCACGUUGAGGUGCACUCAUCCCAUGAAACAGGGAUGUUGUAGCGCACUGUUAGAGAUUCUGAUGCUAAGAAGGCUGGGAGAAUGGCUUUGCAAUAAUGACUGGGCAGAUCUCUCACUAUUCACGUUGCCUUACCGUAGUACCACAGAUCGCAUCCUCUCGAGGGAGUGAAAGAGUUCUGGUGGAAAGAGCUGUUCACAAGAUCUGGUAGCUGCACGAUUGAAGAACGUUACUGUGGGGAACCAAUGCCAGACUUUCUGGGUUUUUGCUCCCUUUGGAUAAACAAAGGAAUAAGGGGGACUUCCAACAAGCCCAGGCAUCACUGAGGUCCCUAAAAGUGCUGUGUUAGACCUCCUUUUUUACUCUAAAUAUUUGAUCCUGUGGAAUUCUAGCUAGUUCCCCCAUGCUGUCACAUUGCUUUCCUACACCUGUAUUUGCAAGCUUUUCCUUUUUUUCGAGAAGCACCAGUGCUUCACCAGUAAAAUAUCUUUACUUGGCAAAUAAGGACGGCACAUGAUGGAACAGCAGUCACCUUUACUAGAAUUAGGUGCUGACAGCUCUCAGGUAUUUCAAAUGCUCUUAUUUCUAUUACUAGAAGACAAGAAUUAUACAUAUAAAGCCUGAACUAAUCUUACUACAGAUUAUGUGCUACUUUAUGAACCUGUGUUGCUGCUGUUCUUCAUAUGAAAUAUACCUUCUGGGGUUCUGCUCUGUAAGUGUUCAAAGUUAAUUGUGUAGAUAUUCCUUCUGUUCUUGCCAGGGAACUAAGCAAAGGAUUUGCACAGCUCUCUCACUCUGUUGGUGUUUUGCAUUGAAUGAUGGCCCAGUAACGAUGGCUGUGUAUUGGAUGAUAAUGCAUUUCUCUGUUGUUUUUCAUUUAACUGCCUAGGAAUUGUAGAUCCCUCCUUUUCGGUAAGGGCAUGUUUAUCCGUACUGGCAGUGAAAAGACUUGAAUUAGCAUCCUGAAACUGUUUAAUGAAAGCAGUAUGCUGGUUUGCUGGAUUGCUUUAGGAAGAGGACAUAACUCAGAAGAAAUAUGCUUAGAUUCUUGAGCAAAAGGAAAGAAAAACAAGUUCACUUUAUAAAUUGGUUACAUCUAUAGCAGCAAUUUGAAUAUGACUCUCUAUGUUGUUGCCCCCUCAGAUGUGACUCAGCUGCUCACACUGUGGUUAGGGCAGACUCUGACUGCAUCAUCGUGCACAGCUGAUCAAAAAACAAGUCUUAUAACUUCAGGCUACUGUUAAAGUCACAUGGGAUGCUUACAGGCUGUUACCCACGUUUGUCCCUAUAACUGUUUUCUACUGAGGUUAUCCCAGUUGGCACAACGCUGUUAGAAGUAUCAGUAAUUUAUAGAGUGAACUUUCUCAAACUAAUAAUGUUGGCUAUAAACCCGCGUAUAGAUUUUAGCAUUAAAAUCAAGCUAAUUUUAAAGCUUACAAAUUGGGUAGUAUUUGUGCAGGCUUUUCUUUCCUCAAACUUGUCUUGAAUGUUGGGCUCUCACAUAAGCAGUCAGCUCCUGGCCCUGUUCCAUACUGCAUCAGGGACUCGGCGUUCGGUCCGACCAUACAGACCUCCCUGCUCAGAUGGCACCACUUUGCUUUUAGGGAGCUUUCUGUUGAUAGCUUUCUUAUUGCACUAUCAUCUUUCAGUACAUCUUGGGGCCAAUCUGUUAUUAGGUCAGUAAGUGUCAGCCUUAAAAAAAAAUAUCCAGAAAAUUCUCGUCAGGCAAUUGAAGUAAUUCCACUAAAAUCAAGUUUCAUGCAUAUGAGAAGUUAGGAGGGAGUCUAAGAACAAAGAUGAGGGUGCUGUGUGUCAGGAACAGGAAAGUUGCUCAGCAACUCAAUUAAAUUGGGCCAUAGAGUUUUGCUAAGGAAAAAAUUAGUGAGGUUCCAUUUGAUUUCUCACUGUAUUCAUAGGAAGAUCUGAUGUGCUGCUGUGUAGGCUGAAUAUGAACAAAUGCCCUGUAUUGUAACUUGGACGUAUAGUUCAAAGUAGGGUUACAGCAAUGAUGCUUACUUUUACAAGCACUGUAACAGGGUUGUCUUUAAAAGCUGAGUGUGGAAUAUGGCUCUGCAGCUGCAAUGGAUUCUGGAGCCAUUGCAUUCAGUGACGCUGUGACAGGUUUGGUUUUCUUAAUCAGCCUGAGGCUCAGUGUCAACAGCACUGGUUAUUCUGCCUUUUUGAUUACGUAGCACGUGUCUGUGAGGGUGAAUUCCUCCUUGGCAUCACUGCAAAUCCCUUCUUGCAGGCCAUAGAUACUUUUUAGCUUCUUAGCAGUGCUGUUACUGGGAUUUCAUCAUUUUAGCUUAAGAUUGCUGACAUUUAUCCAUCUGUAACUUUCUCUUGUUUCAAGCUUACACAUGGAAAGUUGGUAAAACCUGUGUCAGUGAAUUAAAGUGUGUUAAAUCCCUGCGUA